GCCUCGUUGCCAUCCGUAGUUUUCGACAGCAUAACGAUGGCUGCUUUAACUGGUAGCAGUAAAGGACCGGAACUAUCUAAAGCUGAGUACUUAAAACGUUAUUUGUCCGCUGAUGUAGAUGCCAAGAAGUCAAAAGGGAAGCUUAAAAAGAAACGGAGUAAGGUUCCUGAGAAAGGACUUAAAAUAGUAGACGAUGACAUAGACUGGAAACAGAUGGUCAAAGAGGAGGAGGAGAUUGAAGAGGAUGAAGAGGAAGCUCCUGUGAUUGCUGAGGUGAUUGACGAGAGACCAGAGGAAGUAAAACAGCUGGAAGCCUUCAGAACCAGCAAUAGAUGGAAAGUGAUUGGAGCUGACGAAAAUGAAGACACAGAAGAGGGGAAAGAAGGACAUCAACAUCCAGAGCCUGUGGCAUCAAGCAGGAGUUGCCACAAUUCGCCAGAGCUGUCAUCAAAGAGGAGGAGACAUGAUUCUCCGGUCAGAAAUACCCGAUAUAACUCCCCAGACAUAGCCCCUCCCAGUAGAGGUCGCCAUGACUCCCCAGACAUAUCCCCUCCUAGAAGAGGUCGCCAUGACUCCCCAGAAAUAUCCCCUUCUAGAAGAGGUCGCCAUGACUCCCCAGAAAUAUCCCCCCCAAGAAGAGGUCGCCAUGACUCUCCAGACUUGUCACCUCCUAGGCAACAGUCAAGGAGAUCGGGGAAGACGCAAAGUAAAGAUUCAUCCCCCUCCAGAAGGAAGCCCAGCUCAUCAUUAUCAAGUAAAAAGCAUUUACCUGAUGCUCGUCGGUCACCACUUGCAAAGAGGCCUCAAAACAGGCACAAAUCAGACUCUGACCAGUCACCGCCACGAAGAAAGCCACUGAAGGGAGAAGCUUCAGGCUCCGACCAAUCUCCUCAACGGAAGCACUCAAAAACAGGACGAGGCUCUGAUUCUGACCAGUCGCCACCCAGGAGGCGGCCGCAGAGUGGAAAGGACUCGGAUGAAGAUCUGUCACCACCUCGUAGACCUGGUCAGUCACAGGGUCCGAGAAUGCUUUCUGGUGGGACAGCAGGUCUGGUUUCUGUAGAUGUUUUAAGGAAAGAGCAAGAGGAGAACCGACGCAGAGAAAGAAACAACCAGCCACUAGAAGAUGAAUCCCGCAAUGCCCAGACGGUGUUCCGAGACAAGAGCGGUAAAAGGAGGGAUUUGGAGUUGGAGAGAGAAGAACAGAAGAGGAAAGCUGGAGAAAAAGCAGCAAAGGAUGAGAAAUACGCUCAGUGGGGGAAAGGGUUGGCCCAGAGCCAGAUGCAUCAGCAGAAACUUGAGGAAGCACUGCAUGAAGCCCAGAAGCCGCUGGCACGUCACUGUGAUGACGAGGAUCUUGACCGCAUGUUGAGAGAGAAGGAAAGGGAGGGAGAUCCGAUGGCAGCGAUGCUCAGACGGAAAAAGGACCGCAAUACGAAGACACAAGAGAAACCUCGAUAUAAAGGCCCAGCACCACCUCCAAACCGCUUCAAUAUGCUACCAGGCUAUCGCUGGGAUGGAGUUGACAGGUCAAAUGGUUUUGAACAGAAACGCUACAUGCGGAUGGCAGAUAAAAAAGCCGGCCAGGAGGCAGCCUAUAAAUGGAGUGUGGAGGACAUGUAAUGGCAAUCGCAAACUAAAUAGAUCAGGGGCGGAGCUGAAGAGCAGGAAACAAGAGUUGAGAGAAAAUAUCUAAUCCAUGCUGUUGAAACAACUGCAGAUUAAAUACAUCUACUUAACAGACCUGGCAUUUGAUCACCUUUGCAAAGCAGUUUGAUACUGUACAAGGGACAUCAGAUUAUAAAAAACUACAGACAUAAGUGUGCAUAGCAGUGAAGUGACAGCAUCUUUAUGAUUUUGUAAUAAUUGAUUCAGUGUGGAGCCAGAACAGAUGUGUUUUUCACUGUUUUAUUAAAUAAUGUUUUUGUAAAGUGUUGUGGCACAAGUGUUUACAUACAGCAGUCAUUCCAUGGUAUAGAGCUGCAGUGUACUGAACCAGAUAUAGAAUAGUAUUCAAAGUAUUUAGUUAUUUUGUAUUUGUUUGUUUUUUAGAAUCCUAUUUUCUUUUUUACUUGAUGGGGCUGCACUGAUUUAAAAUGUGAUUUAAAACUUCAGGUGUAACGAAUAACCUCUAAAAUGGUUGCAUGCCAUUUAAGUGCAUCAGUGCCAAGGCCAUGCUGGCUUACUGGCACACCUAAAUUGAACACACCCAUCAUUAAUGUUAUUAGUUACAGUUGUGUUUUUCUGCCAUGAAAUGCCAGGUCUGCUGUGAGAAAGGUAUAUUAUUUGGAAAUUUUUAACGUCUUCUGGUAAAGAUACAUGUCCUGGUUCCAGACUUAAGAAUCAGAGGUCUCAAAUGUGGAGUGAUUAAAAAAAGUAUAAAAAAAGGCCAUUCACACAGAAUAUCAAGCUAUCAGGCACCCAACGUCACCACAAACAAAACAAAGUGCUGCUCUUUGUUUAUACAUUUUUUUUUCACAGCAGACAUUUUGACUCGCCAUAGUGGCAAAAGCACCAGUGUAAUUAAUAUUAAUGAUGUCUGAGUAAGCUGUCAGUAAGCCAGCAUGUAUAGGGCCCUGUAACUGAACACCUGACUGAAACUGAACCACAAUGUAUGUUAAUUACACCUUUUGAUUUUUCUGCUAUAAGUCAAAAUGUCUGCUGUAAAUAAGGUCUAUUGGCCUUAAAUGUCACGAAAUGCUGCAAAUUAGUUAUAAUUACUUAGUUGACACUGAGGACAUUUUUAGUAAGUUGACCUUUAGUGGGGAUAGUUUUGUCAGACUACUUUUUCCAAGGUCAAGAAAGAACUUUCAAGCUUAACUUUUAAGCCAAUACGGACGAGAAGGCAUAAAAGUGCUAUGGAUUAAAUCAUAACAGCUACUGCGCUCACAUCUCAUCAGAUCCAUCUCCAUAACAACUGAUCAAACUCCAUCGGCUGAUGAAGAUUGUGGGUGAAUGAUCUGGAAUAAACUAGCUAGUGGGCUUAGAGUUGGGAUUGUAGAAUUAAAUCAUAUAAUAGCUUUGUAUUUGUAAUGUUUUUACUAUGCAAAUAUAUAUUUUAAAAUACACAAAUUAGAGUGAGUGUGCUUGUACAGAGUAAGAGAUCUGAGUUUGAUCAGCUACUAUCUGAUAAAUGUGGCAUUUUAAAUUGGGACGAUGUAAGCGAUUUAUUUAUUGCUACUUUGAUUCUGUAUACUUAUCAACAGAAAUAACUGUACAACUGUCUUUAUUUACGUACAAUUAUAAAUAUGGAUAAUUAUCUUGA